AAGAAAUAUGGAUACCAAACAUUCAGAAUCUGUUGAAAGCCCUCAACUGAAUGAAGAUGAUCUUAUGGGCAAAACUAUUGCAAUUCUCCCAUGGGACAGAUUUUACAACUGGAUUCAUUGUGCAUGUGUUGUUACAUUUGAUUUGGAACUUGGUCAAGCUAUGGAGCUUAUCUAUCCAGGCCAUGUUAAAUUAACGGAUAAAGAGAAAAUGAAUAUCUGCUAUCUUUCAUUUCCAGACUCUAAUUCAGGCUGUAUGGGUGACACUCAGUUCCACUUUCGCAUUCGUCAAUGCCCUGGUAGAAAACCUCUAGUCCGUGCCCACAGUCAAUACAACAGAGAUUGUCCUGUUGCUCUGCAGCUAGAUGAUGCACACUAUUAUGGUUUUGUAUAUUUUAGACAGACAAAAGACAGGUCUAUACGAAGAGGCUACUUUCAAAAGUCUGUAGUACUUGUCACUAAGCUACCUUUUGUUGCCUUAUUUAACCAAGUCAUCAGUAUUGUUGCCCCUGAAUACUUUGAUAAUGGUGAACCUAGUCUUGAAGCAGCUUGUCAUGAUAUUGAUCAAUGGCCAAUGCCUGUACCAGGAGACACUCUAAAUCUGCCAAUUAUGGGUACUGUAUUGCAGGUUCGUGUUCCAUGUAGGUUGGACAAGUUAAUAGGUGUAACUCAGCCUAGAACAGGGCAAAUGCAUACCAUUCCAGCCCACACCAUCUUACCCUCACUUCAUGAAGUUGAUAUAUACAGCUCAGUACUUAGUAUUUUACCACAUGUGCAGCUUCUCUGGGAACUUGUAUUGAUAGGAGAGCCAAUUGUUGUCAUGGCAUCCUCGCCCACUAUUACUUGUAAUACAGUCCAAGCUCUAGUCAACAUGAUAGCACCACUCAAGUUUUGCAGCGACUUUAGGCCUUAUUUUACAAUUCAUGACAGUGAAUUUAAAGAAUAUACCACAAGAACUCAAGCACCGCCUCCUGUCAUCCUUGGUGUGACCAAUCCAUUUUUUGCCAAAACAUUGCAACACUGGCCACACAUUAUUCGAAUUGGUGAAAUGGGGUCUGCAGGAAGCUCACCUAAGCUUGCCAACAAAGUAAAGAAAGCAACAGCACUAAAGACAUUGGAUUCAAACCCAGGUGUGUAUACUCGAUUCAAGGCAUUUCUUACCAAAGACAAAAUGAUUCUAAAAAGGUUGAUGAAGGGAGCUCAACUAAAACGACCAGUUGAAGCACAGAAUGCAAUAUUAAGGAGGCACUUACUCGAACUUACUCAAAGCUUUAUGAUUCCUCUGGAGAGAUACAUGGCAAGUUUGAUGCCUUUGCAAAGAAAUAUUUCACCUCACAAGGGCUCUCCUAGACUAGGACCUUUUGACUCAGAUAAGUUUUUAGAAACAGUUGAACAUUCAGGACCUCAGUUGACAUCUGGUAUCAAAGGAGAUUGGGAGUCAUUAUACAGACGUUUCUUUCGAUCACCAAACUUUGAAGGAUGGUAUUAUCAAAGACAGAAAGAAAUGAACCAGAAGUUGCAGUUGCUACAUCUUGAAGCCUUAAGUAAUGCUAACCUGUCUGAGUGGAUUGUGGACAAAGAAGAAGUAGAAAUUGUUGAUUUGAUCCUCAAGAUUAAAGAAAAGCUGACUUUUGCCCACCGUAACCAUGGCAUAGUUGGCAAGGAGAGUGUGUCUCGCCUACAAAAACAGUUGGAGGAUAUUGUCUCCACUCUCCCUGAUGACUUGCAGAGUGUUAUCAAAACAUAGCAGUUCUCUCACUUUCUGCACUCAGGGAUGUUUCUUUCGUAUAGGAAGGAGGUCUUGUUUGAAGAGAUGUGUUGCAGUAUUGGGAAUGGUGCUUCUGGUAUUUGAGGCUCUUGCCACAUGUGAAAUAAAAGCUGUCCAUUCAUAAACUAAGGAUUUAUAGACAAAGUAAUGUGGAACUUCUAUACAGUGAAAAUCAUUAUUAUUAUUCCUUCAAAUGAUUUCAUUUUCUGGUGAUGAUUCAGUGUUUUACUUACCAAAGUCAAUAAUGUGUUUCCACAAAGAACAUUAAUAUGUACAUAAGUAGAGUAUGGGACACAUACCCCACCCCGCCAGAUCAUUACCUCCCUGUCUACUUUUCUCUACAGCUUGACAAUACUUAUAGAUUAAGUGAGAAACUCAACAUUCUACAGCUUGACAAUACAUAUUAUACUACACACAUUAUAGGUUAACUCAACAUUCUAUAAAUUGCCUGAAAUAAAUUAUAUUAAGUGCUUUCACAAGAAUUCUAUAGAACACAAAACAGGGUAAUUUGUAACGUGGAGUAAUCUUAUUCCCUCAAAACAUUUCCUAACCCUAACAUUACCUUUUGAUUAGAGAUAUGUUAAAUAUAAGGUUUGGUGUCAACUUGUAAUUAACAGUGAGGUAAUGUCCUACUGGAUUUUUAAAUGAACAGUUGGUAAUGUCCUGCUCCCACAUUAGUGAUGUUGUGACAAUGUAUAUAUUUUGUUUUUAAUUGCCAGUCAUUUGUAAAAUGAAUUUAUACAAUGAUGUUUUUAUGUUUUAAAUUGUAAAUUACAGUAAGUAAACAGAAACCUUACAGUGCAGCUCACAAACUAAAUGGCAUAGUUCAUUGCAGCUGUCAUUGCACUCACUUUGAUAAUUAAGGAAGACCAGUCAUACACAUAGAGUCAUCUGCCUAUAAACUUACAUUUAGUCUCUUGUAUAGUUAAUGCUUCAAAUAUUUUUGACACCAUACUACAAAUUCAUGUGUUACUUUCUUGUAGUUAAUUAGUGUAACCAAAGGUCUUCCCCUCAGGUCCGUUUUAGUGCUUAAGUAAUUAAAAUUUAGAAGAAAAAUAUGACAUAUUUUGUUUUGUAGUCUAGUUUAGUUUUAUCCUUGUACUGUAUCACGUAAACAAUACCUUUGCCACCUAUGGAAAUGUAGUUUUGUUCUGUUGCUCAUUUGAUUAUGCAUUUGUAGAAUAAAUCUUCAGCAUGCUACCUAGGUUGAAAUGCUGUCUCAACAUGCUACCUAGGUUGAAAUGCUGUCUCAACAUGCUACCUAGGUUGAAAUGCUGUCUCAACAUGCUACCAAGGUUGAAAUGCUGUCUCAACAUGCUACCAAGGUUGAAAUGCUGUCUCAACAUGCUACCUAGGUUCAUACUCAGGCUUAGCAGGCUACCUCAGUUCAAACCAUUAGUUAAAAAUAUAUAAUUCUGUUAGGGAAAAAGCGCUGGAUGUAAUCUAAGUUAACAGAACAUGACUUAGUCUAAGGGGAAUAAAGAUGAUACUAACGUGAAUGUCCCAUAAAAAUAUUUUUUUUCAAGUGCUUGUUAUUAUCUUGUUGUUAUUAAUUUUGGAUGGAACAGAGGUUGUUUUUUUAUAUUAUAUUAGCUGUUAUCUUGAGGUAAUGGAAAAACAGUUAAUACUCUAAUCAUGUAAGUCUAAGCAAAAAAAUCAUUCCUUUCCAUAACAUAUCAUGAAAGAGAUCUGAAUGAACUUGUCUGUUGUCUAAUUCCCUUUGGCUGAGAACUGUCACUAUGUAUAUUAUCUUGUGUUGCCACCCGCCUUUAUAGAAUAUUGUUCCUCUCUUGUAGGAUGUGAUGAGAAUAAGCUUGAUUGGUACUUUGUGUUGCCACCCUCCUGUAUUAAAUAUUGUUCCUCUCUUGUAGGAUGUGAUGAGAAUAAGCUUGAUUGGUACUUUGUGUUGCCACCCUCCUGUAUUAAAUAUUGUUACUCUCUUGUAGGAUGUGAUGAGAAUAAGCUUGAUUGGUACUUUGUGUUGCCACCCUCCUGUAUUAAAUAUUGUUCCUCUCUUGUAGGAUGUGAUGAGAAUAAGCUUGAUUGAUACUUUGUGUUGCCACCCUCCUGUAUUAAAUAUUGUUACUAUCUUGUAUAGGAUGUGAUGAGUGUAAGCUUGGAUUUUUUUAGCCACAUAGUAUUAUGCUUGUUCUUUCAGCUUUAACUACUUACCUCUUUUUACAUGUUUCUCUUUAAUGCACAAAAUUUACUUAAACUGUUAAAGAACGUUUCUGCAGUGUUUCAUUAUCUCACCUUUAAAAUGUUUACUUUUAAUUAAUUAUAUUUAAAUUAAUGAGUGAAGUGUCCCAGUUUAGUACACUGUACAGUAGUUAAGAUUUGUUUAUAGUCCAAAUCCUAAGUUAACCCUCUCACAACAUUGUUGUUUCUAUUCUUAAAACAAAAAAACAAACGAAAUCAAAUCAUUCAGGACAUUUCUACUGUUGUAUCACGAAUAUUCGCACAGUUAACAUAAAACAUUCUCUAUUGCUUUUUUUUUUAGUCUUAAUAAAUCUAUUUUUUAAAAUAAAUUUUUACCUUUAACUGUAUAUAUAACUAUUGUAAGAAUAGGGCUCCUUGUUAAAUAAUAUAAAUGUGUAUAUAACUAUGAUGUUGUAUGUAUACAGCGUAUUCUGGUUUGAUAUUAUUUCUAGUCAUGUGAUUUACCAUUUAAUAAAAUAAUAGAUUAGACUAGUAAGCUAUUAUCUGCAUAGAGCACUUUAACUUUACUGUAGGUACAGCUUAUUAGAUUUCUGUUGAGGUGAUGAUACAACUGGGGUGGGGGGGAGGGGUUGUUCAUAGUUUUACAGUUACAACGUCUGUAUAUUUUUAAAAAAUUUAUUAAUUUGUAAAUUAUCAAAACUAGACUAAUUUUAUUUUUUUAAAUAUGGUUUGACAUAGUAAACUUCCAAAGAUAAAACAGCCUGUAAUUUCAAUGUUAUUUUAUUGAAGUAAAAGUGCAAUCAUUAAGGCAUGACUUUCGAAGGUGCUAACCUCAUUACAUCUGUUCCAUAGUUUAAAAAUUUGUCCGGAUGGUUGUCCGUAAAUGGUAUGUCAGCCAAUAUUUACCCUCACCCACAUCAUCACAUAACAAAAACGCCAGAAUUAUGUUACAACAUUAAAAUACAUGUAUUCUCGUGAAAUUAGCAUGAUUUCACCAUUCUUAUUUGUUACAAAAUGUUUUUGUCUCAUUUCUUGGUUCCAUACUUAUACCACAACCCUCUCCUCUAGGUAUGUGAUGUAAUGUAUGGAUGACCCCUGAACCCAUAGGGUAUGUGUCAUAUAAGCAAAGUUGUAUGUGUAAUGUGAUGUGCCAUAUGUUGAUCAGUUUUGUACACAUACAAUUAUUUUUGGUUUUAAUAAAACAAUGUUGAUAUCAAUUUUAAAACUAUUAAAAAUUAUUA